UUAGCUUAUCAGCCUAAUUGGGGAACUUGUUACAGACUAAUGAUCAUCGCUCUUAUUACAACACUUGUUAUAACACUUGUUAUGAUCUAGGACUCAGGUGCAGAUGUAGUUUUAUUAUCAUUUUUCCAGACACUUCUCUUUAACACGGUUAGGUGACAGCGUGAUGAUGCAGCCAUGACGCACGUCACCUUUCCGGGUCACUAAUCUUUAUCAGUACAAUAUGCUCGACAUAGUCGUAAGACAUAGACAUAAUGUUUCUAUAAGUAUUUACUUUGUUACUUAACACAUACACACAGAUAUCUGAUCAGUGUCGAUUAUAUAAUGUGGCAUUAAAGGCAUAUCUACAGAGUCGUGUGAUUUAAGUCAACACAAAGCUCGACGAAUCGGCGAGAUUGUUGCUUAGUACCUGGAUCCCUCGUCGACUCAGUUGUGUGCGGAAAAAAGGUGGAACCGCUAAAGGAGGGCUGAAGUCUAAAGAGUUUAUUAAAAGCAUAAGUGUGAAUUUGAACUCAGAAGAACUCAGGCUUUAGCGGGAAGGAUGACGGAAAGGACCCGCAGCAAAGUGGAGGUCGAGGUCUUUGGUGAUGCGAAUGAAGAAUUACAGACAGGUUGGGCAUUUCUGUUAUUUAAAAACAAUAUUAAACGUGUUUUUCACUUACAAACCAACGUCUCCUCUCAAUCCCUUCAUCCCUUCACUAGAUGUUGGACGGUCGAAGAGUUUGGGUUUCUGUGGGCUUCUUCUCACCGCUCUGUCUUUUCUAUUCAUUCUCAUGACUUUCCCAGUUUCUGUAUGGUGCUGUUUAAAGAUUGUGAAGGAGUACGAGAGAGCGGUCAUCUUCCGUUUAGGGCGACUCCUUGGCGGAGCAAAGGGACCCGGUAUAUUCUGGAUCCUUCCAUGCGUGGACACUUUUCGCAAGGUUGACCUGAGGACGGUGUCCUUCAACAUUCCUCCUCAGGAGGUGUUGACCAAAGACUCGGUGACCAUCGUGGUAGACGCUGUGGUGUAUUACAGAGUCUUUAAUCCCACGAUAUCUAUUACUAAAGUAGAGGAUGCGAAUGUGGCUACGCAGAUGCUGGCACAAACCACUCUGAGGAACAUGCUGGGCACCAAGAGCUUGGCGGAUAUUUUGCGAGACCGGGAGGAGAUGGCGGAACAGAUGGAGGAAGUGCUUUAUUCUGCGUCUAAAAACUGGGGGAUUAAGCUUGAGCGGGUGGAGCUGAAGGACGUCAAACUGCCCCAGACGUUACAGAGAGCCAUGGCUGCUGAAGCGGAAGCCACCAGAGAGGCUCGCGCCAAGGUGAUAGCUGCUGAGGGAGAGAUGAAGGCCUCGUGCGCGCUGAAGGAGGCUGCGGACGUCAUGUCCGAGUCUCCGGCUGCUCUCCAGCUGCGCUACCUGCAGACGCUGGCCGAGAUCGCCACAGAGAGGAACUCCACCGUGGUCUUCCCCAUCCCCAUGGACCUCAUCACCAGCUUCAUGAAGAAGUGACCACACACUGGAGAAUCUCUAAAGUCUCUAAACUCUCUAAAGUCCUGCUUUAUUAUUUACACUAAAGCCUGUGGAGCACAAGUGGGACAUCAUAUGACAUGCUGGGGCUUAUGGGUAAUGUAAUGAAUUCAGCAUAACCAUGACAUUUAUAUUGUUUUUUUACAGACUGCACAAAAUUAUAUAUAAACUUAAGUUAAUGAGAUUGUACUGUAGGUAUACGUUACUAUAAAUACAUGUACAUAUCCGAUCGGAGGUUGACCUCGAGUACGAUGGCCGAGAAGUGCAAAACAAAUUAACAAAUCCAAAAUCAAAUUA